CGGCAGUUCCGGGUCUGCGUCGCCGCGCCGAGGCCGGAGCAAGCGGGGCUGUGGUGCUGGCGGCGGGACGGGGUCUGACUAGGGGCCUGGCCAGGCCUGGCGGGUUCUGACCGAGCAGCGGGCGCGAGGAAUAAAGAAGGUGAACUAAACCAGGGGAAAGAACUAGUAGACAAAGAGAAUGUCAGGGGACAAAGAAGGGAAGAAUGAAGACAUUUCUAAAGAAGCUAUGAGCAAAGAAGACAAGUCUUCAUUAACUGAUGCUGUGGAGCAAGUUGCCAAACAACAACAGUUGCAAAGAUCAGAACUAGAGAAGCAUAAAAAAGUUCUGUUCCAUUUGCAGAUUGAACUUCAUGAACUUGAAAAACAAAGAGCAGCUGUUGCUACAGAAGCUAAAGAAACAGAGAAGCAAAUUUAUCAGCAAGAUGCUGACAUGGAGAAUUCCAGACAUCAGUGUGGACUCCUGGAAGCUCAAAUUAAGUCCUUAUAUUCAGAAAGUAUAAAGCUUAAAUAUGACACAGAAGUAGCCCAAGAAGAAUUUGAGGAACAAAUGAUGAAAUAUAAUGCAUAUUAUGCAAAAAUAAAAGCAUAUAAAGAUAGUUUAGAGGAGAUAGAAAGCAAAUGUUCAUUAAUGACUGAACUCUAUGAAAAACGAGAUCUCAUAAAACAACUAAAGACAAUGAAAGAGAAAUUUAAACAAGAUCUCCAAAAUCCACAAGAGGAUCAAACAACACGAAUACAGGAAGACAUUUCAAAGCUAAAGAAUAAAAUUAUAACAGCAAAAGAAUCUAUCGUUGAGAAAACUUAUUUUCUUGAAGAAGAGAAAAAGACACAUGAAAAAUUAAGAAAAGGAAUAGAGGUACAGCAUAAGAGAUAUGAUGCAAUUCUUAAGCGCUUGCAUUGUCAGGUGAGCAAGCUUCGGUUAAAAAGAAGUAGAUUGCAGUCGAACAUCCAGCAACUGGAAGAAACUGUGGCUGAGCUAAAAAGGCGUAUCAAAAUGAAAAAAUAAUGUGAAAUACAGAGCAGACCAACAACAUUAUGGAACAGAAUACAUGAAAAACCUUUGAUCUCUUAACAACCAGCCCCCAACAACAGAAGCCUGUAUUAAUAACAGAUUUUGUCCUCUUCUUUCCUUCCUCAGUCCCUGUCUUCCUCCCUCCUCCCUACUUCCUCCUCCUCCUCUUCCUCUUCCUUCUUUUUUGGAUCAGUUAUAUAUUGGUUAAAGUACCUUCCAGUCAUACAGUGACUAGCACCAGGUAGACAAUAACAAUGCUUACAGGAGGCUAGUUGAAAAGUGUAUAUGAGUAUUUCGAUUAUUGCAUUAUACUCAUAAAUGCCUGUUUAUAACAAUGUGGAAUUCACUACUAUACAAAGUAGCAAUUUAGAAGAGAAGAAACAAUUGGAUUUUCAAUGACUUCAUGUUGAUAUUAAAA